GGCCGCUCUCCGCCGCCGCUCUCAGCCUCUCUCGCAGUCGCAGUCGCAGCGCACACAGGUAAACCAAAAAAAUAUUGCGGUUAAAAUUGUGCCAAGGCUCCGAUAUAAUCCUGGCUCCGCCACUGGUUGGUUCAGUGGUGAUUGGCGCUGAACUUGGUAGGGAGGACCGCAGUUCGAUCUUCCGUAACUGCAAUCGAGAGGGGACUGCUUGAUGACAAAACUGACUCCGAACGAGAUUCGUGAAACAAAAAACAAAAAUCGAGUAGUAUUAUACUCUAUUUUCCGAUCCAAACACUAAUCUCAAGUCUCUCCUUUACCGCUACAAUCCGCCCAUAGUUUUCUUUCCCACUUCUUUCUGUUGUUUUUCAUUACAACCAAACACAACGCAAGUGUGAAACUUUCUUCCUCCUUCUUUGAUAUGCGCAAGGGUUCAAUCUGCGCAAACUUCAUUCUCCUCCUAUAUACGCACGCAUGGUUAUCACAUUCAUCGAUUCUGAUUUCAAUUCAAUUUUUCAAUUUAGGGUUCGUAAGUUACAGUGAACACAAACUCUUUUGACACGACGAUAACGUCUUGGCGUUUACAGAACUUGCCACGUGCUGUAGAAGACAACCAUGGGAGUUAGCAUUGGUUCAAAUACUGAGUCGGCCGAAAGGACUUUGAAACCUGAGGAGCAUAAAGAGGCGGAGGAGGAGGAGGAGGAGGAGGAGGAAGAGGAAGAAGAUGUGGAUUUUAAUCCUUUGUUUUUAAAGGAAACACUUUCAGAUGCUUCAUCAAGUUUGAGUUCUGAAGGUGAUGGUUUGGAUGGUAAUGUUGUAGAUAGUGGGUUAUCUAUGGGUAUAGAGUCGGACAAGAUAACAACUAAUGAGCAAAUUUGUAGUGCAGUAGAUUCUGAACAUGGUGAGGAGGAAAUUGUUUUACAGCCGUCAGGUAUGAUCUCUCAAUCGGAGAAUGAUAAAGAGAAGAACGAUGAGUUGAUUAAUGGUACUAGUAAUGGUUUUAGGAUAGGAGAAGUAAGCAACACAAUAAAACCUCGGAGUCCAAUUAUAGGAUUAGAUAAUGAUGAUGCUAUUUGUAUGCGUACUAGAGCUCGUUAUUCGCUUGAAGGUUUUAGUCUUGAUGAGCUUGAGACCUUUCUUCAAGAGACCGACGAUGAAGAUGAUCUUCAAAAUGCCGAUGAUGAAGAAGAGUAUAAAAAGUUUCUAGCAGCUGUAUUACAGGGUGAAGGUGAUGGUGUUUCAUCUCAUGAAAAUGAAAAUCCUGAUGAUGAUGAUGAGGAUAAUGAUGCAGACUUUGAGUUAGAGCUUGAAGAGUUGCUGGAGAGUGAUGGUGAUGAUAAUGCAGUGGUAGAAACCCGAAACGAGUGUGAUGGUGCUGGACGGCGACCAGAGACUAGGCAAAAUAGGCGCCGAAAGACCUCUUCCCAAAGUGAGAGAAAACCAUUAGGACAAGUUAGCAGGCCACUGCGCCCUAUUUUGCCUCAUUGGCUUAAUGGACACUUUGUUUCAGGGAAUGGUUUGAUGCCUGAGGCUACUCCCAGCAUUCAAUCUUCUGCUUCAGGAAAUGGUCUUGUUAAUGGCUUUACUCCCCAGCAGAUUGGUCAGUUGCACUGUUUGAUACACGAGCAUGUGCAACUUCUUAUUCAGGUAUUUUCUCUAUCGGUUCUUGAGCCUUCACACAAACAGGUAUCUUCUCAAGUUCAGAGUUUGCUUUUUGAGAUGCUUCACAAACGGGAUGAAGUAUUAGCUUCAACGAGAACACCAUAUCCUGCUGUUUGCUUUACUCCAUAUUUCCCCCACAACUCUGUAUCCAAUGGGAAGUCCAAAUCUGUCCCAGGCCAGUGCAAUACAGAAUCUGCUUCUACCCAAGAUGCAAUGGGUGUGCGGUAUCCUCAAUACCAUCAGACCUCUUCUGAAGCUUUGAAUGGGCAGCGGAGUUGUUUUCAAAAUACUGACGGUUCUUUCUGGUUUCCUUUUGUAAGAGGCCCUGUGCAAUCUAUUCUUGAUGUUGCUCCUCUUAAUUUACUAAGAGGAUAUGUAGAUGACAUUAAUUUUGCUGCGCAAGAGUUUCGAAAGCGGUACAUUGAAUCUGGUUUUGAUCUGGGUAUCGAAAAGAAACCUCUAUUCCCUUGUUUGCCAUCUGUUGCUGGAACUAACGAUGAAGUUUCAAGUAGAACCAUAUCUGGAGCAAAUAAUAGUGUCUCAUCUUCACCUGGUAAAAAACAACCUAAGAAAACAUUGGCUGCCAAGCUUGUUGAAAGUACCAAAAAGUCAAUUGCUUUGGUACCAAAGGAAGUUGCAAACUCAAGUCAAAGAUUUUUGGCCGUUUUCAAUCCAGCCUUAUUCCCACACAAGCCACCUGCGGCAGCAGUUGUAAAUAGGAUACUUUUCACUGAUGCAGAGGAUGAAUUACUAGCCUUAGGGAUAUUGGAAUAUAAUACAGAUUGGGAAGCAAUUCAACGAAGAUUUCUUCCCAGCAAGUCUACGCAUCAGAUUUUUGUCAGGCAGAAAAAUCGUUGCUCUUCAAAGUCAUCAGAGAACUCAAUAAAGGCAGUUCGAAGAAUGAAAACCUCUCCAUUGACUGAAGAGGAGAUAGCAUGCAUUCACGAGGGACUUAAGCAUUAUAAAUCUGAUUGGAUGGCAGUAUGGCAAUAUGUUGUUCCACACAGAGAUCCAGUCUUGCUUCCACGCCAAUGGCGAGUUGCUCUUGGGACUCAAAAGUCUUACAAGUUAAAUUCACCAAAAAGGGCGAAGCGAAGAUUGUAUGAGUCACAAAGAAGAAAGUUGAAAGCUACUACAACAGAAUGUGGGCAACCUGUAUCUGAUAAAGAGGAUGGUGAGACUGAAAUUGCAGAUGGCACGGAUUAUUCAAACGUUCCUUAUGUCCACCAGGCAUUUUUGGCAGAUUGGAGACCAGACGCGUCUACUUUUAAUUAUUCAGAACACGUUUCCUCGACAUCUGUAGUAGUUAAUGCUGGCCAUGAUUCAAUUUCACAAAAUAUUCAGCUUUAUAGAGGAACUAGCAAUUAUGGUUUAAGUGGAAAUGUUCAACAUCAAAAUGGUAAUCAGCCUGCAUUUCCAUCUGCAUAUAAGCUUCCCCUGCUUUUUCACUCUACAUCUGAUUUUAGGAGUGGCGGGAAAGGUGCACCUAGUGCAACUAUUCCUAAUAACCCAGUUUUUGGUGCGACAUCUAGCUCCAAAUACUAUUGUCGGCCUUAUCGGGCUCGGAAGGCAAACAGCGCUCGCUUGGUGAAAUUAGCACCGGAUUUGCCCCCUGUAAAUCUUCCAUCAUCUGUUCGUGUAGUUUCUCAGACUGCUUUUAAAGGUUUCCAGUGUGGAAAAUCUAAGAUUUAUCCUCCUGGAGGUGGUGUCACUGAUGUUAGUAAAGAUAAUUCUGCAUCUCAAAUUCCCCAUGGUGAGAAAAUUGGAAUCGAUCAUCGUGCUAAGCGUGCAAGACCUAUGCCAAAAGACAGUGUGAUACAUUCUCAAUUAGAAAGGUCUGAAACUGCUGAAGGCAGAUCUUUUGUGGAAGAGGAAGCCACUCGUGCUGAUCUGCAAAUGCAUCCUCUUUUGUUCCAGGGCACUGAAGAGGGUAAUACACCUUAUUAUCCAUUUAAAUUUAGUACCAGUCCUUCUAGCUCCUUCAGCUUCUUCUCAGGAAGACAGCCGCAAUUAAAUCUGAGUCUGUUCAGUAGUUCACAACAAGAAGGGCACAUUGAUCGUGCUAACAAGUCCUUGAAGUCAAAGAGUUCCUCAUUAAGGUUAGGAGGCAUUGAUUUUCAUCCACUCCUGCAGAAAUCUAACGAUACACAAGCACAAACUGGUUCUGAUGCUAUUCAGGCUGAACCACUUGUUAGUGGUGUGCUUGAUACAACUAAUGUAUCUUCUGGCCUUAAUGACAAAUCUAAUGAACUUGACUUGGAGAUUCAUCUAAGUUCUGUACCAGAAAGUGAGAAAUCUAUGAAAAGUAGACAGCUAAAGGCACAUGAUCUUAUAGAGUCGCAGAAAAUCGUAGCUAGUUGUGCAACAGCAAUGAAUGCUCCAUAUUGUCAGCAGGGUGGUAGAAUUCCUUCACCUAGCGGUGGCAAAUUUGCUUCAAGUGCCCCUUUAGUCGUUCCUGAUGAUAACCUUACCAGAUAUGUUCUAGAUGAUGUUGGUGAACAGUCUCAUCCUGAGAUAGUGAUGGAGCAAGAAGAGUUAAGCGAUUCUGAAGAAGAUAUUGAAGAACAUGUCGAGUUUGAGUGUGAGGAGAUGGCUGAUUCUGAGGGAGAGGAUGGUUCAGGAUGUGAACAAACCUCUGAGGUUCAAAAUAAGUUUGAGUGUGAAGAGAUGUCUGAUUCUGAGGAAGAGGAUGGUUCAGGAUGUGAAAAAGCUUCUGAGGUUCAAAAUAAGGAGGUCUCAAGAGCCGAUUCUGAUAUUCAAGUUGAUUCUAGUCUCCCUACAACUAAUGCUAUGCCAAAUAUGGCUUUGACUAUUAUGGGAAUGGAUGACAUAAGUAGUUCGUCGUGGCUAAGUUUAGACUCAAGUAGAUCAGAAGAUCUUGUACAAUCAAAGGCUAUGCUUCAGCAGGUAACAACUGGCGAAGAUUCUAUGUCCAGAAACUUAACAAUUGGUAAAACAGUCGUGGGGGAGGAACAUACCGUAGACAUUGUACAACAGCCAAGACUAGGUCCUCAAGUGUUAACAGCAUCACGAAAACCCAGGACGCGUCGUAGCAAAUUGAAUGCAAAUAUAGGAUCAACUGAUGAAAGAAUCAAACCAUGAUGGUAAUGGUGAAGAUUCUUUAUUAAAAAUUUCUGGCAAGUCGGGUGCAAAUCGGAUUCAAUGUUAAUGUGUUCAAGGCAUGGCAGUAAUGAUCAAUACUUUUGAUUGGUGCACUAUAUCACCAUCUAAAUUCCGAACUAAUUAGGCCUUUUUUGUUGUUGUUCUUGUCCAUCACCAUCUCUAAUCAGAGAUUAGGUGCUACAUGAUAAGGAAAAUUCACAAUACUUUGUUCUUCUUCUCCUUCAUAUUUUCUGGGUAGUCUGCUAGAAAUUGGAAUCUAAGAUUUGUAUAGUUACUGGCAAAGGUUCAAGCGAUGUUUUUGGUCCUUGUAAAUAUUGAGAGGUCAUGGCCAAAAUGGUCAUGUUCACUGGAUAACAUUUAAGAACAUAUUAGUUCAUGGUGGAACUAUUGAAUUGUAUAGAACUUAUCCAUUGGAUUUCCUGUAAUUAUUUUUGUUCAGGCUAUAAACUCUUAUACAUAUAUUCUUGGUGUAUUAUCUGUGGCUUC